AUGGUGAAGUCAAGUGUAGCAUUAUUGUGCAAAAGUACUUCAGCGUUGAAGAGACGUAAAAUCUAUGAGACAUCUGAAAAGUGCUUAAAACAAAUUACACACUUAUACCUAAAUGGUAAAAAUCUAGAUGAACUGGGUCAUGAAAUCGCUCUCUGUCAGUGCCUAACUGUUCUCUACCUAUAUGACAAUAAGUUGAAUUCUAUACCAGAAUACUUAAACUUAACCCAGUUGACACAUUUAUAUCUUCAAAAUAAUCGCAUCAGUCGUAUGGAAAACUUGAACUCAUUAGAGAAGUUAGAAAAGCUUUUCCUCAGCCGAAAUUGUAUCAGUAUAAUUGAAGGCUUGGAAGGAUUAAUCAGACUGCAAGAAUUACGCAUUGACAACCAAAAUUUGAAUCCAGGCGAAAGUCUAGUCUUUGAUGAUCGUAGUCUGAAUUCUGUAGCAAAUAGUCUUAUAUGCUUGGAUGUGUCAGGUAACAAACUGGACACUCUACAAGAUUUAAGUAACCUUCAUGCCUUAAUCUCUUUGAAUGUAUCGAAUAAUUCCAUACGAUCUAUCCAUGAUCUAUCUACAUCACUGAAUAAAUGGUCAAACCUUAAAGAGUUCCAUAUAAAAGGCAAUCCUGUCAUGAAAACAACUCGAGCAAGAGAUAUCAUCAUUGUAACUGCAAAACGUCUAGGUAAGUUGUUUUCAAUGGAUACUACUUUCAAUCACAUUAACGCGUUUAGUUUGAUAUUUGUGCUAUGUGAAUUUCAUCUGAAUUUAAAAAUGGUUUUUGUGAAAUAGCAGUAUCAUUCAAUCGCUUACUUAAUUACUUAAUCUUGCUACCCAUCCUCAGGUAUAGCCUACUGGGUAGUGAUCACCAACUCUAUCAUGGACUCUCCCUUCCAGUUGUUGCUAAGUGGCAUCGAUAGUCUUGUUGUAUGCGUCAAAGUUCUGGUGCCAUGUGUUCUUUAGUCUGCCUCUUCCUUUAGGCUUGGGGAUGCUUAUUCAAGACUCGUCUUGUGAUGUUGAGUGGUUUCCGUGAAAUGUGUUCUACCCAACUCCAGCGUCUUUUCUUAAAUCCUCCUUAUCUGGCAGCUGGUUGGGUUUCUAUCACAGUCGGUUACUUCUGAUGGUUGCCGGCCAAUCGACUUGGAGUAUCUUGUUUGGACAGUUGUUAAUAAAUGCUUAUACCUUUGUGAUAAUGAUGGUGGUAGUUUUUUAAGUUUCAGCUCCGUACAGUUGAACUAUUUUAACUUUAGUGUUGAAAAUUCUGCAUUUGGACGUGGACCACAGUCUUGAGUUUCAAAUAUUCUUCGACUUCAUGAAUGCUGCACUCGCUUUAGCAAUUCGUGAUUUAACAUCCUUAUCAGGUCCUUCUUGUUUACUACUGAUGCUACCAAAGUGCAUAAAAUCUUCCACUUCUUUCAGAGCGUCACUAUCAAGUGACGUAGUGCUUGCUGUAUACAUACUUUAGGGUUUCCCUUUUUCUCGUGAAUGUCCAGACCUAUUUAUAAUGAAGCCACUGCUAAAGUAGCUGUCUUUGCCUGUUUGCUGCAUAAGUGUUAAGUCAUCUUCAAAGUCUGUUAUCCAGCUGUGUCCAAGGUGUCCACUGGUUCUGUGCUUUUCCCGAGCUGCAAAGGUAUCCACAAUCCAGUCAAUAGCUAGCAAAAGGGAAAAAAUUGGAGUGGGUACCAUCAUUUCACUCCAGUUCUCAUUUGGAAAGUUUGUGAGCUGUUCUACAUGGGGAAAUCUUGUGAUUGAACCUCUUGUAGGAGUUGCGUCUGAUGCUACAAAUCUUUUCAGGUACUCUAUAGUAUCGAAUAUUUCAUAGGGUGCUUCUAUUCAAGCUGUUGAAUAAUUUCUCAUAAUCAAGGAAGGUAAUGUAUAGUGAUGAGUUAUAUUCAGUUGAUUGUUCUCAGUUUAAUUGGGACAUGACCAAUCCUUAUGAAAGCGUGUUUGUUGAUCUCGAUAUUGGACAUCCACUGAAUUCUCCAUUCAGUUCAGUAACGAUAAAAACUGUACUGAUAUUAGUAUGGUGUUUCUGUAGUUGACACACUCACUAAGAUCUUUCUUCGAUAUCUCACUAAUGUAUUCCUGUUUGUUGGUACUUGUUCUUCCUCCCAAAUAGUUAUGAAGUGAACAUGGAAUGUCUUUAAAGUUGUCUCUAUAUCCUACUUCAUUGUUUUAGAUGAUAUGCUGCUUAGUCCACCUGCUUUUUCACUCCUGAUUUGCCGAAAGGCCUUGAUAAUUCCUCGGAUGUCCAAUGGUUUUAGCUCCCGUGGUGUGUUGAAGAGCUGUCUAUCCACCUGUUCAGACACUCUUUAACCUCAGUGAUUGGUUUCCCGUCUUUACCAUAAUUCGCUGCUACUUUAUUGACUAUCAUUUAGUUCUUGCAUAUUUCCUUCUCUUGCAGAUUGUCUUGCUGUAGUUGCCAGGUUUUCCACAUAUUUCUGCUUGUCAGCACUAAUCCUCUUCAGUUGUUUGUGUACUUCUGUAGGUUACGCCUGUGUCCUGGCUGUCUGCUCUUUUGUCUCUGUAUAUUCGGCUGUGCCCAGAGUUUCAUUCUCUGUACUAUUGCUUCUUAUGGCCCAGGACCUCAUAACAUGUUAAAGUUAUCGCUUCUCUAAUCCUUUUCAGUUACUCCCCGUAUGUUUCCUCUUCCUCCGGUAGAUAUAAUAAUACUUAGGACUUGUCGGUGACAGUUACCUUGAAUCAGCUGAGCUUGUUGGCAUCCGAAAAGAAGGGUAUAUUAAAAUUCUGUAAUGCUUCUUCUACUGUCGAAUGUUUUAUAGCUUGGACACCACCAGGUGGUCAGGUUUUGGGUUAUCUAAGGCAACAUUAGUUCCCUUCUUUUGGCUGAAACACAUGUUCCUUUAGGUCCUACCAUGCCAGGCACAUUGGUUGGGGAACGGUUAGACUAAGAGGCAAAUUUGUACUGUCGGCUGUAAAUGAGUGUGACGACAGUAAGAUGUUUCUCUUGGAAAACCUCUAUCUGCAGCGACGUUACCUUCUUACAACAGAAGGAAUAGGGUCGAAAAUGUCGGUCUUGAAAAUUUCGCACCUCAUCUUAACCCACGAAUUUCCGUCUCUGAGGUUAAGGCCUUUUAAAGUGCUGAGCUAACCAAACGAAAGUUUUCCAAAAAGACUGUGUGGCCGGCCUCAAGCAUUUCCCCCUUGGACUGUGCAAUCACGCUUCCAAGUCACUAAGACUACCACUGAUCCGGGCUCCUUUUCAGGUCCCUCUACGGCGUAGAGAGCCGGAAAGUGACAACCGCCUUCAUGCCUCCAAUGGCACCCGAGGUCAUCUUGUUGACGAUCGAAUCCCUCUCCUACCUCUUAAGAGUUCCUCCACCCCAUGAACAACUCUUUCCAUGUAUCUCUAUCACCACACGCCAUCAACGCUAAUGACUUGAGUCCACGAAAUGUUAUUCCUAGUCUCCUGAAUCCACACCCUAAACUACACGUUGUAGCUCUUAAUGUUCGAAUCUUGUGUCAAGUGGGAACACGGGCUUCUUUGGCUAGGACUCUAGAAUCUUGCGCCGUCUAUAUGUGCUGCGUCUUCGAAAUGUGCGAACAAUAUCCAAUUACUCUCAUUCAUUUGACCUCGCCUUGCCAAUAUAAAGAACUGGCACUACUUACACUUCGAGUAUCUGAAGACCCCACUGCUACUUUUUGGGGCCUCUUUGGUGUAGGUGUCACGUUAAAUUUAAUAGCAGAACCCAAUAUCUUCAAUCGACCUGAAUGGCAAACUGAUGUAAGUCCUCCGACUCUUAGUGAGCUUUAAAAGGCUAUAAGCAAUCUAAAGCGAGGGAAAGCAGCAGAGCCUGAUGGAUUAACCCCUGCGAAUCUUAAGGAUAGUAGUCCAGUUUCAGCAGUUAGAUUAACUGAGAUCUUAGCUAAAAUCUGGGAACUGGAUGUAGUCUCAUCUGACUGGUCUCGAUCUCUGAUCAUCCCAGUCUAUAAGAAAGGGACAAAAAUCCUCUUGCAACAAUUACAGAGGAAUCAGUUUAACCAAUAGUGUCUGAAAUAUUGGCCUCAAUAAUACUUCGACGUCUUACUAGAGCUCGUGAAGGGUGAACCCGAGAAAACUAGGCUGGUUUCAAACCUGGAUGUGAAUGUGUGGACCAAAUAUUCACCCUUCAGCAGAUCCUGGGAUACAGAAAUACUUUUAGACGUCCGAUUAUAGUUGUAUUUCUUGACCUUAAGGCAACGUUCGACUCGGUUGAUCGUGAGGUUCUGUGGCAGUGUCUGUCAUUGAGAGGCGUACCAGAUAAGUGCAUUAUCCUUGUACGGGCUCCCUACCUGGACACCUUUGGUCGAGUCAGAGCCUAUAUCAAACUCAUCGGAAUCGGUUACUUCAUGUGGCGUUCAUCGAAGUUAUCCGCCUUCCCCAUUCUUAUUUAACUUUAUCAUAGACAUACUUUUAGAGAUAACACUUUAAUCAUCCGACUUUUCAGGAGAUUCACUUUUAGACUUGGGAUACUCGGAUGAUACAGUCUUGUCCAGUGAGGGCGCUGACAAAAUGUAAUCGUCCUACCACCUCAAGCUAUAGUACAAGCAUUUUCGGGAUAUGGUCGCAAUACAACCACUGUCUUCAAAGUUUAUGGAAGGACUGUCAAUGAAUGAAUGAAGGAACACAUAGAUAAAAAACUCGGCGAGGCUUAUCACGCAAUUAGUUUAGGCAGAUUCUGUGCGUCCAAUUUACUCACGACACGGAACAGUUGAACGACUUGUUGGGAACAAAUGAUAUCGGUUCGUGAAGUGUUCUUUAACUUCUCAAAAGCCUUCGACAACUCGGCGCAAUCAUCCUAGAAUUGUUCCUUACUCUCUUUCUAUAACUUGUGCACGAUGCUACCCGGAAAUCCGCAACGCUGUCGCGUCCUCUAUCUUCAAAAGUGACACAAUUCUGUUAGAUUAAGUAGGGACGAGUAACUAGUAGGUGACAGGGCUGAAGGAUAAGUCUUACGAAAACAGAUCGUAAAAUUUUUGAUUAUUCUCGUCGAGUUUUAAGAAGGUUCGGUUGGCUUUUACCAACGGACUUCACUUUUGACGCAGAGGAGACAUCUUUCUUCCAUCCAAGGGGCGAGUUUGCUGUGUGACAGUGUGCUGCUUCCUACGUUGUGGCUAUUAAACAUGGUUAUUAAUAGUAUAGGGUAUCCGUAGGUUUCUGGUAUACGAUCAUAUGUGUGUACAAUGCAUUACUCGUGUAUUUUGCGUUAGGAAUAGAGUCCUAAGUAAGGGUAGGAAAUCAAUUGAUGAUGUAGUAAAUCUCCAUCAGCUGAUGUGGUCGGAAUGUGAUACGCAUGCCAAACCAUUGCCUACAUUGAUGGGAGGUUUUUUCUUGUGCAGGAGUAGGCUG